AUGACUGACACUGAUCUAUAUCCCCUCGGUAGAGGACUAUCGGAUUCAGUUCGAUUGGAUGCUCAGCACCUUCUAUGGAAGCUCCAUACUGGAUAUACACUUCACCCUCAUAUUCCAAUCACUCCAGACAUGAAGAUAGCGGAAAUUGGCACUGGCAAUGGGAUCUGGCUCUUUGACCUAGCCCCGUCGAUGCCAACUACCGUGCAACUUCAUGGCUUCGAUAUCUCGGAGGCUCAAUAUCCUCCGAAGCAUAUGUGGCCACGGAACGUGAAGCUAGCGCUGUUGGAUGCCUUCAAGGAUGUUCCUCCCACACUUGUCGGGCAAUACGAUGUUGUACAUGUCCGGAUGUGGGCGAGUAAUAUACGAGAUGGCAACACCGGGCCGCUGAUUUCACAUUUGCAACAGUUGCUAAAGCCGGGAGGCUAUAUCCAAUGGGAGGAGGCAGAUCUAAUUCACCAACUGGUAAAAGGGCCUAAGGCCCUUGAGUUUGCAGAACAUAUACCGUGUCUAUUUCAGAAUGUUGGUCUAGACUUUAGCUGGGUCACUAAACUUCCUCGCGAUCUGGAGGAAGCACAUCUGGAAGUUAUAGAAUCCAAGACAGAAUCGUUCCAGGAAUUCCUUGUUCAGAAAUGCACGGACACAUAUCUCCUUGCUCUCGGUGAGAUAUUGCGCGGUACUAAGUUGACAUGUGCGGAGGGGAUUGUACCUCUUGUGACCAAGCAUGAGGCGGAACUGCAGAGUCUUUGCGCUGAACACAUUCCUGGUAAGGUUCUCUACACGAUGUAG